UCAUUUCUCUCUCUCUCUCUCUCCCGAAUUCUUCUUUCUGUCUCUCAGGGUGAAUCGAGCUCCAGAGUCUCUGUUCUCUUCCUACCAUCUCUCGCAAACCUGUUUUCUCUUAUUUCCCAUUAGGGAUUAAGGUGUGACUGAAGAGGCGCGCUGAGGAGUGGCGGAGAUGCGUUUCCUGUCGUUUUUGAGCGAUCGGUUUUAAUCUCCAUGCUGAAGAUAUUUUGCUAAGAGCAUUUUAGUUUUUCAUCAAGAACUGUUCUGUGAGUUACGUGGAUAGGGGAUUUUCCUUAUUUCUAUCUUAUUCUGGGAAAGAACCAUGGGCUCUCUUUGCGACUUUUGUGGAGAUCAAAGAUCAAUGGUAUACUGUAGAUCAGAUGCUGCAUCCCUUUGCUUGUCUUGCGAUCGCAAUGUUCAUUCUGCUAAUGCACUUUCAAGGCGUCACUCUCGAACUCUUUUAUGCGAGAGAUGUUAUUCACAGCCUGCGACAAUUAGAUGUAUUGAAGAGAGUAUUUCACUUUGCCAUAAUUGUGAUUGGAAUGGACACAGCGCUUUGGCGUCAUCUUCAGGACAUAAAAAACAGAGAAUUAGCUGCUACUCAGGCUGUCCAUCAGCUGCAGAGCUUGCCAACAUUUGGUCUUUUGUUUUGGAAUUUCCUCCAAUAACAGAUUCUAGAUGUGAGCAGGGAAUGGGUUUAAUGAGCAUCAAUGAGAAUAGCGCCAGUACUUAUUGGGGACCCCUUCCUAACAGUUGUAAUGCUGAUAUUGCAGACGAAAGCAAAAUUAAUAAUUUGGAGAAUUUGAAUAAACCGAAUAUUCAUAUUGGUUCUUCUACAUCUAGUCCAACUCCAAUGAUAUGCAGUGCUGAUCAAGAAGCUGGUUCAGUUGAUUCAACAACACCUAAGGUGCAUGCCAUUUCUGCACUUUUGAAGCCUUCUAAUGCUGGAAUGAAAGAGACUGGAAUUGACAAAGAUGAUUUCUAUGAUGAUUUUUCUGUAACUGUUGACUUGAGUUUUGAGAACUAUGAAGAACUUUUUGGCACAUCUCAUAUACAUUCGGAGAAGCUUUUUGAUGAUGUGGGGAUCGACAGCUUUUUUGAAAUGGAGAGUUCUGCUGCCAAUUCCAACUGUCAGGGUGAAUUCACUGCUGAGGUCAAAUCCCUGCACGCAGGAUGCAGUAAUGCUGUAUCUGCUGAUUCCGUGAUGUCAACCAUGGUGGCAAAAGCUGACUCGAGCAUGUCUAUUCCAGCAAGACAAGCUCAUUCCAGCUUAUCGGUUUCCUUUUCUGGUUUAACUGGUGAGAGCAGUGCAGGCGAUUAUCAAGAAUGUGGGGUGACUUCAAUGCUUCUUGUGGGUGAAACUCCAUGGUAUGCGCCUGGUCCUGAGAGUUCAAUACAGGCUACUAACCGGGGUAAUGCUGUCAUGCGUUACAAAGAAAAGAAGAAAGCACGAAAGUUUGAGAAGAAAAUAAGGUACGCCUCUCGCAAAGCUAGGGCAGACACUAGAAAGCGAGUGAAGGGAAGAUUUGUCAAAGUCGGCGAAGCUUAUGACUAUGAUCCACUAUGCCAGACCAGAAGCUGCUAAAUCUACAACCUUAUCCUACCAUCCCGCAGCUAAACUUCAAGUUAGCAGUUUUUGAUAGUUGAAUCUGGCUUCUUCUUUUCACCUUUUCCUUUUUGCAAUGGAGGCCCCAAGAUCUUGCUGUUUGGGAAGAAAAAUGUUUUCUUCCUGGAGUGCAAAUUUUGCUUGGAUUUUUUUUUUUCCAUUGUUUGAGAAAAGGUGUAUCAGCCACUUCUGCUAGUAUUGCCAGGAUCCUGAACCGAUCUAUUGGCCAUUCUCUUCUCAGUUCCUCUAGUUCAUACUUUCUGGAUGAACUCUUAGGCUUCGUUUGGGACGGCUUUCUUACUACUUAUUGAAGUAAUUUUUUAGUACAAAAAUUUAAUUUUUAUAUUAAAAAGCUGCUUUAAGAAGUUGUAAGAAAGCCGCCCCAAACGAAGUCUUAAUCAGAUAUCCAUAUUGAUCUAUUCUACUUCCUAGUCUUAACUAGCAUUCCACUAUAAAUGUCUUGUGUAAUUUUUGUUCAUCCUCUAUGAAAUUUGUAAAGAAUAAUGUCUAUUGUGAAAAAUCGCUUUGUAUGUAUGUAUUCAGCACGUGAGAGAGAACCAUCUUUGUAUCAAAGGUUUGAAUAAGAGCUGGAAACUGUAAAGUUGGGCUUACUGUGAUUUUUGUUGUAGUAGAAAAACACUGUAAUUUAUUAUCUGGAUUUCUCUC